AUUACAUCCCGAGUGGCAUGAUAUCGUAAUGUACGACUACAUGAGACAAGAGUAAGGUGAGUACAAGGACUGCCAUCCUUUACCGCCAAACCCCCCCGGUCGGAUACAUGCAUAUCUUGUACUUUCCUCCUCCCCGUACUAAACAGAAAUUCCGCCUCGUUGCCUUGCCUUCGCCUUGCCGGUUUGACUCAGAGGGCCAGUCGCUGGCGAGUGUGGCCUUUUUGCAGCCUGCAUGCAUUUUUCAUUCCUUCUGCAGGCACCAAGAAGGAGUUGCCCCUCUAUUGAGUCUACUGAAAAAGGGUGUCGCUCCGGGCGCCUACUUCACUCAUCCUUCGUCUACCUGGCCUCUUCUCACUUUACAAUACACUACGACCACCCAAAGUUCCCUCCUCUUCCUGGAUCUUCGGACCUUACAAACUCACCUACCUAAAGGCUAAGGUUGACUCGGACACCCAAU